UCUCCUUCCCCCUUCCCCACUGGCUGGAAUCCGUGUACUGCAUUGCCCCCAAACGAGGAGCCACCUCUCCACGUCUAACGCCUUCCUAGUUUUUGCCCGAAGAAAGAAAAAAAGAGAGCGCUCUCAACUAAGGUGAAAAGUUGAACACGAGUGUACGGAUUAAGUUUUCUUCUGCCCCCAACUGCUGCCCCGCUGCGGGGCGGAUAAAAAAAGCAGGCCGAAAAGAAGUCCAUAUGAUGUGGAUCUGGUACCUCCUGCUCGGCUCGGGGUCCGGCUCAGGAACAGUCGAGAGCCAGCUGCUGCCGGGGAAUAACUUCACCACAGAGUGUAACAUCCCGGGGAAUUUCAUGUGCGGAGAUGGGAAGUGCGUCCCAGGUGGGUGGCAGUGUGAUGGACUGCCCGACUGCUUUGACAAAAGCGACGAGAAAGGCUGCCCUAAGGUCAAGUCCAAGUGCGCGCCCACCUUCUUCGCCUGUGCUAAUGGGAUCCACUGCAUCAUCGGACGCUUCCGUUGUAAUGGCUUCAGCGACUGCCCUGACGGUAGUGACGAAGAGAACUGCACAGGUAACCCGUUGGUGUGCUCAGAAGCUCGCUUCAAGUGUCGAAAUGGCCGUUGUGUGGACCGCAGCUUCUUGUGUAAUGGCAAGGACAACUGUCAAGAUAACAGUGAUGAGGAGCACUGCCUGACCACUGCAGAGGCUCCCGGGCAAGACUUCGUGACAUUGGACUACCGUCUGCGGUACUAUCCCAGCAUCACCUACGCCGUCAUAGGCAGCGCCGUCAUAUUCGUCCUGGUGGUGGCGCUCUUGGCCCUGGUUCUGCAUCACCAGAGAAAACGGAGUGUCCUGCUACCCAGAGGCGUAAGAGGCGGCUCCCAUCACCACCACCACCACCACCAGCCGUUGCUGCUGUCUCGCCUGGUGAUUUUGGACCGGGGACACGUGCACCCCGGUGGUCCGGGACUCUCCCCCAGCUCGCCAACCACGACAGGCCGGUACAGCUCAACUCCCCCGGGUCUGCAGCUUCUCUCCGGGGCGCUGUAUCCCUCUGGGCUCUCCAUGGACUCACCUCCGUCAUACUCUCAGGCUGUUCUGGAUGCCAGCCGGCCUCCCUGGUUUGACCUCCCUCCGCCUCCUUACCUCCAAGAUGCGGAGCUGCCAUCGGAAGGAGAGCUUCCCCAGUAUGAGGCCUCCAGUCAGCCCACAGCACACAACUCUGCCUCUUCCACACCAAGAACUGUGGCAUCAGCACCUAGGCCUAGACCGUGCUCCAGAGAAGAGUCAGAGCAGCUGUAGUUUCUCUUGGAAAAAAAUGGUUGUAUAUAGAGAGUAUUGGGGCUGAAGGACCUUUUGCCCCGUGGAGCAAGGAAUGGGCUGCCCUCCCCGGGGGAUGGUUCAAAGCAUUCUGCUAUUGGGAACCAACUGAGACUGAGAAACUGCAAUGCUCUUCUCUUGCUAGCCACACAGUUGGCUGACCAAUGCACUUGACUGAGGCAAACUCACCUCUCCAAACAGCUCUUGUAUACUGGCGCCCUCUGCUGGUGUGACAGCUGCACAAACACCUGAGCGAAUGGCACAUUCAAUCUGUAAAUUUAUUCUCAUUUUGUUAAUUCUUUAUAAAAAUGCUGUUUAUGAUUGGAAAAAAAACAGAUAAAAAUCUGGACCUCAACCAGCACCUGCAUCUCCAGAGAAGUUGCAAGAUUAACUUUUAAACUGGCAUAACUGACCAGUUAUGGUCAGUAUCAUGCAUUUUAUUACCAUCUACCAAGAAAGGUUACUGUGCUGUCCAUAAUAAUUAUGCAGCAUUGUGCAUUGUUGGCCGAAGUUAAAUAUAGAUUACAACAACCUAAUAAUGCAGUUGUUAUUCUCCUUAGUGUAACAAAUUACAGAAGCACUCGAGGAGCAUUGACGUAGACCAUUUCUUAAUUCCCCUUUAAUGUUGCAAGGUUCUUUUUAUAAAGACAUUUACCUGACACACAUGAAAAAUAUGUAUGUCAUGUUUGAUUUACAUCUUAAAAGACUAUGCCGACUUUGUGUGUGUGUGUUGAAAUGAUGGAAAGGGCCAAAUUCUGGAUUUUUUUUUUCUUCUUACUACUGCUUGAUCAAUUUCGAGAGUUGUAGAGCUCCAAGUUAGUGCCUUGUUCUUACUGGAGUUGGUACACUACACUUGUGAUAAG